GUAGUAGACAGUGAGUUGUCAUAGACCCGAAUUUGGACUAGUAGGUCUACGUGUUGAGGAGCGGAAUCGUAUGUGACUGUGCACUUUCACCAUGCUGACCACCAGGACCAGAGUGAGCACCACUCCCUAUAGUAGAGAGCAAGAGGAGAAAGCUGCCACCGCUUUGAGGGAAAGAAAGGAGAGAAUGGAGAAGCAGGAACUGAUCAAGCAGGCGAAGAUGGUGGCUCUGCUAGAGGAGCAGGAGGCGAAGAAGAAGCAGAUGGAGGAAGAACUGGAAAGGUGGAAGAAGGAGCAGAAGGAGAAGAUGGCAGCAUUAGAGAUAGAGAUAGAAGUGGAAGAAGAAGAAGUAGAAGAAGAAGAGGCUGAGGAAGAAGAAGCCUUGCAAAGAAGAAGAGGGGAAGCGAGUACAAGUAAGGUUACACAAGAAGAGGUGGAAAAGACAGUAAACGAAUGGGCAACACUUAUAGAACUGGGGGAGGAGAGAGAAGCGGAGUUGAUGGUACCCGAGGCCGAGAGAGAAGCAGCAAGGAGAGACUUGGAGGAGGAGAGGGACCCAUUGCUCAAACGAGCAAGCGAACAUGAAAAACAUUUGGAAAUGAAGUUGCACCUGACGCAGGAGAGGAUAAGACGUGUGGAGACAACAGAAAGAUUGGAAGGGGAGUUGAAAGCGGCAGAGACAAGGAUGGAGAAAAUCAAGGAAGAGACCGAGGUAGGAACCAAACUUGACACCCUCACUCGCAGUGUAGAGUCCCUAUUGACCGCACGAAGGGAACAAAUGAAACACCUUCGCAGCCAUGAUAUCGCCUUAGAGGCCAUGCGAGCCGAUUUCAAAGAUUUCGCGCAGGAUAUGAUGAAAUAUUUGUGGAUCAGAUCCAUCUUGCGAUCAGAGGUGGCUGCGGCAGCAGGCAUGGAGGACCCCUCACUAAGAUAUGCCGUUCUGGCAGAGCAGUCAAAGAAGAGUCAUGCGUUGGUCGCAUUGAAGGCUCGGUACGAUGAGCUUGCACAUGAGAACAAGCAGCUUCUUGAGGACAGGGACAAGUCGCUCAAAGAAACGUAUGAGAUCACAGAAUUUCUGAGACAGGAAAUAGACAAACGGAGCGACCAGAUACAGAGGUUGGAGAAGCGUCUUGCGGAGAAAGCUGACGAGGUUGUCCGAGUCAGAGAGGCAGAAGUAGCAGAGGCUGAGAGGCGCGUGGGUAGCACAGUGAAGGAAUGGUCAUCGCGCUAUACGGCUCUGUCUGAAGAGUAUCACAACUUGAAAGACGAAUGGGCGUCCGUACAAGAAUUCCGUUCUCGCCAGAAAGAUAUCGAGAGCGAGUUGGAGAAGCUUCGAGUGGAGAACCAACUCCUUCACGACCGUGAUGAGAGGGGCUUUGCUACGAUUGAGAGGAAAUUCAUCGAGCAGAAUUCUAAGUUGCGGAAGGAAUACGAGCAGCGGCUAGUGGAACUCAAGCGGAGCUUUACGGAGGACAUCGAUGAGCGCAUGGACGAGAGCGUCAAACGCAUCUUGCAACAGCAGGAGGACCUUCACAGCCUCGAUGCCGAAGUCAAGAGUGUUCGCAGCCGCGUACAGCAGCUGGAGCAACGACCAGCCGCCGCCCCUGUGGCAAGCUCCUCCAACACAUCAGACCGCCUGGACGCAUUGGAGACUGACGUCAGCACACUCAAGGACGGCGCACGACUACAACAAACCGCUACUCAACAAUUGGAGCAGCGGGUCUGUGCUGCCGCCGCCAGCCCGAGUUCGGGACAGCGCGAGUCAACUCCCAAGUUUGAUGGUCAGGAGAUUUUCUGCGAUUCAACAAAGACGGAUCCAGUUCAGUGGUACCGCAAGUUUGAACUCACGUUGCAGCUGCACCUCGUCAGCGAAUGCAAGCACCACGCGUACUUAUACUCCCGGUCGGGAGGCGCAUGCCAGGCAUGGUUGGACAAUCUCUUGUCCCAGUACGGGGUGGUCGCUGCCGAGUUACACACGAAGAUCAGCUGGGAAGACCUCAAGGCGGCGUGGCACAAGCGGUUCCAAGUGGAGCCGCCGGAGAUCAAGGCCAUGGACAAGCUCAUGACCUUCGAGCAAGGCUCCCUGCCAAGCGUCGACUGGAUUGCCGAGUACCAACGAUUGACAUCCGUCCCAGGUCUCCCGAUGGGCUUCAAAGCCAUCAAGCACUACUUUAUUUCGAGGUCGUGCCCGGCGUUGAGCAACGCCUUGACGCAUGUCGAGGACACACUGACAACGACGGCGCAACUCUUCGACAAGGCCGCACAGAUUAUCAUCACGAACAAGGAGGCGAAGAACCUCACUCGUGCUGCGGCAGGCCCGAGCAAGGACCAGCAUCGGCCCAAGGUGGCCGUGGUUGCGGUGGCAUCGCCAAGCAGCCAAUCUAGCGAGGCGGAGUCUGCCAAUGAAGGAGACAGACUCGCAGCUGCCCGGGAUGACAGCGGGCUGCCCUACCAAGGGGAAGGGCAAGCAGGGAAACUGAGCGCCGCCGAGAGUGAGUCGACGACACUCUCGACGCCUUCGGAACCGGUUUCUUCGCGAGUGACCGGCCUUCAUUCCGGGGCGCAUGCGGAAGUCGACAGUCCUCUUCUCUAUUCUUUUGAGGACUAUGCUGCCCGGCUCGUUCCGACGGUGGGAUCUUUUGCUCAAGGACAAGACGUGUGUGCGGCAUCUUCUCCGUCCGGCAACGGUUCUUCUUUGUCUUCAAGUGAUUCUUCACGGGAUUCGGCGCGCGGGUUCAACAUAGAGGAAUUGGACCUGCUCAAGUCUGGGGAUUUCACAUGGCUUCCUCUCCCGACCACGGGACGCUUACCGGGACCGCAAUGCCCAGCACUCUGUGCCCAUCUUCACAAGUACUUGUCCUUCUAUGCACCACCAACUUCGCCGACGGAUGACGAGGUCGCGGUGGGGGACAUCUUGGCAUAUGUUACCAAGGUGGCCCGCGAGUUUCGCACGCAGCGGUACGACGACAAUAAUGCACCGCUGAUGUAUGUCCGCAUCCAAGUUGGGCAGGCGUCCUGCAGCGCUUUGCUGGAUAGCGGCGCGACUCGCAACUUCAUGAGCCAAGCUUUUAUGCAAAGGGCUGGCCUCGACGCGCAGGUUCGGAGGAAGGAAAACCCGACGGCGAUCAAGUUGGCGGAUGGAAAGACGCAGCAACUUCUCGACCGUUACAUCGAGGCCGUACCGGUGUACUUCGCACCUCAUGCAUGCGAACCGGUCACGUUCGACAUCUUGGACACGGACUUCGAUAUCAUUUUGGGAAUGCCUUGGCUUGCAAGUGCGGAUCACACGGUCAACUUUCACCACCGGACUCUCGCCGUUCGCGACGAUUUCGGCGCCGAGGUGCCGUGUACUAUUCCUCUUCCGCACCCUUCGAUCCGGUGCCAAGUCGUGACGGCCAAAUCGUUCCGAACUACAUGUGCAUAUCAGCAACCCAAAGAGAUAGGCCUAUGUUUCUUGCGGACUAGCGCGGUAGCCGACUCUUCACCAUCGGACUUGUCUUCGGACCCCCGCGUGGUACGGCUGCUUGAUGAGUUCGCCGACAUCUUCGAGUCACCUACCGGUGUGGUGCCGGAUCGGCCGAUCUCUCACGAGACCAUUCUUGAGGCCGGUGCCAUGCCGCCGAAAGGUUGCAUCUAUCGGAUGAGCGAGGAGGAACUAGAGGUCCUUCGCGCACAACUCGACGACUUGUUGGCCAAGGGCUGGAUCCGCCCUAGCAGCUCCCCAUAUGGAGCACCAGUUCUCUUCGUAAGGAAGAAGAACAAGGAUCUACGUCCGUGCAUCGACUUCCGCAAGCUCAACGCGCAAACUGUGAAAAAUGCGGGGCCUCUUCCUCGUAUCGACGAUCUUCUUGAGCGACUGGGCGGUGCUAAGUUCUUUUCCAAGUUGGACUUGAAGUCGGGGUAUCAUCAGAUUUCGAUACGCCCGAAUGAUUGCUACAAGACCGCAUUCAAGACGCGGUAUGGGCAUUUUGAGUGGGUGGUCAUGCCUUUUGGCCUCACCAAUGCCCCGACAACCUUCCAGGCGGCCAUGACCCACGAGUUUCGUGCUAUGUUGGAUCAGUUCGUGCUGGUCUACCUAGACGACAUUCUCGUCUAUAGCCGGACUCUGGAGGACCAUCUUGAGCAUCUUCGACGUGUGUUGGAGACGCUCCGCCGUGCCAAGUACCAAGCCAACCGUGACAAGUGCGAGUUUGUCCGGCAAGAGCUUGAGUACUUGGGCCAUUUUGUCACAACAGAUGGCAUCAGCCCGCUAUUGGAGAAAAUUCAAGCCAUCCAGGAGUGGCCGGAGCCGCGUAACGUCACGGAUGUCCGGUCGUUUCUUGGUCUUGCCGGCUACUAUCAGCACUUCAUCAAGGGCUAUUCGCAGAUCGCGGCCCACUUGACCAAGCUUCAAUGCGAGGAUCCGCCGUUUGACUUCGAGGAGGAUGCACGAGAAUCUUUCUUGGCUCUCAAAGCUGCACUUUUGUCAGCGGAGGUCUUGCGAAUCUACAACCCGCUAUUGCCCACACGCGUCACUACUGAUGCGUACGACUAUGGUAUUGGCGUUGUCCUCGAGCAACACGAUGGCGUGGACUGGCACCCGGUCGAGUAUUUCAACAAGAAGGUGCCCGUCGUGCACUCUAUUGAUGACGCGAGGAAGAAGGAAUUAUUGGCCUUUGUACACACACUCAAGCGCUGGCGGCAUUUCCUUCUUGGUAGACGGCAGUUCCGAUGGGUAACGGACAACACUCUGUUGGUCUUUUACAAGACCCAGGACACAGUCAACAGCACCAUUGCCCGGUGGAUGGCCUUCAUUGACCAGUUUGACUUCUUCCCCGACCACAUUCCAGGCAAGUCAAACCGUUUUGCGGAUGCUCUUUCACGACGUCCGGACCAUUGCACCGCCGUCUACUCGACUUUCGAGAUUGAUAACGACUUGCGGGACAAUUUUAUCCGCGGCUACCAGGCCGACCCCGAGUUUCGUGACAAGAGGGAUAUUUGCUUGUCCACUCGCGGGGGAAGACCGAGUGACCCUCACUUGCGUACACGGCUUCUUGGCGAGUUCCAUGAUGCUCCCGCCACCGGACAUUUUGGCGUCAAUCGAACGAUUGGUCGACUUCGCGAGCGAUUUUGGUGGCCCGGUCUUCUCGACGACGUCACACGCUACUGCGAGUCAUGCGAGAUUUGCCGACGUUGCAAAUCCCGCAAUCAUCGUCCGUAUGGCGAGUUGCGACCACUACCGGUUCCCUUGCGCCGACGGGAGGCGAUUGCCAUGGAUAUCACUGGGCCACUCCCCAAGCACAAGACCAGUGUGGAUAAGAUUCUCACGGUAGUCGAUCGACUCACCAAGUUUGCCAUGUUUUUGCCUUGUCGCUAUCAUGCCAAGGCACCAGAGUUGGCCGAGGUUCUCUACGCCGGUUGGAUUCGAACCAAGGGUUACCCCAAGGAAAUCGUCUGCGACCGCAACACUCGGUUCAUGUCUGAUUUUUGGUUGGCACUCACCAAACGAUGGGGCUCAUCUCUCAAGCCUAGUUCAGCUCGCCACCCUCAGACGGAUGGCCAGACGGAGAGGGCGCACCAGACGGCACAGGUUCUUCUUCGCACUCUCAUCCGUCCUGAUCAGAAGGAUUGGGUUGAGCGGCUGCCGGAUGUUGAAUUGGCCUAUAAUUCGUCCAUCCACCCGACUAUCGGGAUGUCGCCUUUCGAGUUUGAGCAUGGCUCUCCGGUCACUUUUCUGCUGGACACCAUCGUUCCACGCACGGCCGAGAGCGACGACCAUCUCCUUUUCUUGCGCCGGAUGCAAGAGCUUCUUGUCAAGGCACGCAAUCAGAUGGCAAAGACGCAGCAACGCAUGAGCCAGCAGGCCAAUCGCCAGCGUCUUCCUUGUCCAUUUCGCGUCGGCGACCUCGUGUGGGUUUCCGCCGCGGAAUUCAGCCUUGAGCAGGAUAUCUCUCGCAAGCUCCUCCCGAAAUGGAUGGGCCCAUGGCCGAUUGUAGCACCUGCUGGGGAUGCACCUGAGGGACCGUCCUUCACAGUUCAGUUGCGGCUGCACGUAGAAGAGACGGAGGACUUGCAGAGAGAAAAGGAUCAGUUACACGAGCAAAAGAAACAACUUGAGAGAGAAGUGGAGCUCAACAAGCAGGCAGAGAGGGAGCAUGCGCGGCGCGGGUCAAAGCAAGCAAAACUUAUAAAGGAGAGCCAUGCAAAGGUGAGGGCCCUUGAACGAAGCCUAGGAACACUGAUACGGGAUUAUUCGCUUGAAAGGAAAUUGUUUGAGGAGAAGCAUGACCGAGAAAUGGCGGACAUCCAUCUGGAGUUUAGCGCACUGCAACGUCUUCUUGAUCUGAAAACCCAGGAAUUAAAACGCAUACGGAGGCUCGCCUAUGAGGUGCUGCGCCAGCGAGGAGAGGUCGAGCACUUCCUGAUCCAGUCCAUCGACUAUGUCCGGGCACAGAUAUUGAAAGAGAAGCAGCAGAAACCCCUGAGGAAGACAAAGGCAGGAGCGCGUGCGAAAGGCGGCAGCAGCAAGGCGGUCAGCAGUGUCAUAUCGUCAAUAGUCCGAGAUGUGUGCGAUGAUCAGGCUGGCAUCGACUUGUCCCCGACAGCAUCGGCGGUCGCAGACCUCCAGCAGCAAAGCAAUGUGACCCUGAGUGCAAGCCUAGGUCCAUCGGAGGACCACCUCCCCGAGAUUCGGCAAAGCUCAUCGUCGGGACAGUCGCCAUCUCAACGGCAAUCUCAGCCAACGAGCGACACAGCAACGUUGACCUGCAGAGAGAGCGGAAGUGAUCUUGAUAAGAGCCGUCCAGCAGAGCAAAAUGCUGAUGACGGGAAGGGGAGAGUCCCUCCGCGUGCAAGGAUGGACAUUUCUGAACUGACUUGGUCAGAGAAGGAAAAGGUGCUGCGACUUCUGUUUGCCAAAAUCAACCGCGCACAUCAGCCUUCCUACUUCUUAUCACCCUCACAGGAGGAAAUCAUAGACGCAAACCACCACGAGGAGGUGCAGCCGCUCCCACACGGGUCAUCGAGUGACGCAGGCAGAAGCAAGCCUGUUUAGCCAGCGAGCAAGCACUCAUUCUCCGAUGUGAACACUGCACGCCUGACUGGCUGGCCCGUGUAGUGAAGACUGCUUAGCAAG